AUGGCUGAUCCCUUGUCAAUUGGCGCCAGUGUCGUUACGCUACUCGACACGAGUUCAACGUGCCUUGCUGCACUUGUGAAGCUCAUUAAAUGCGUUCAGAACGCCCCAGCCGAGAUCCAGGCACUGCACAACGAUCCCAGCGAUCUUCAGGGUUUCUUCAAAGAGGUCAAGAUUCUCUACGACGAUAUUGUCGCAGACCAAGAUCAACAAGAAUCUCAAUUCCUCAAGGCGGCCUAUCGACCGCUCGAAGAUGCGCGAAAGGCGUUGGUAGACUUGAAGAAAAUACUCUUGAAGGCAGAAUCACAAACUUCUUCCAGCAAACGAAGCCGGCUGGGCUGGGUCUUGCAGAGAGCCAAAGCGAAGAAAAUUCACCAAAAUUUACGAAGGCUCAAAUCGGAUAUCAAGGCGGUGCUGUUGCUGGUUACCACGGCUGACGGACAUCAUCUCAGCAGUCGCAUCGUCAAGAUUGAAGCUCGGUUGGAUGACUUGCAUUCCACCAUUCUCUCCUGUAUACACCCAGGUCCGAGCACCUUAGUCCAUGUUUUGCAGCCUCAGCUCGAGAACACUACCGCUACUUUGACCCAAGCUCCCGACAAUGCACCUAUAUCGCAAGAUCACUCGAGUACUGCCGAUGAAGACACUCAUUCAAGCAUACCACAAGCUUUGAGCAACGGCACACUACAGCCAAAUCAUGUGAAGACAGACACGUUUCUUCCGAACCAUACCAUGUUCUUCCACCUCCGCCGCGCGCGUCGUUGCGUUGCGCCGUGUCCCUGUGUAUGCCACUCGGCUGGACGAUACAAGAAUUCCCUGCUCAAGAAUUACCUUGGGACCUUGUUUCUGGGCUACUCCGGAUCCCCGGGGUUCUGGCCAAAAUGCAAUGUCAAGGCUUGUCGCAACACCGAUAAGAGAUCGAUUAAUCUAGUGUAUUGCUUUCCCUUGUGGUUCUCCCAACGAGCACUACACGCCUCGGCAACGUUGUCAUCCUCUCUUGGUUGGACGAUGCAGCUGAAUAUCAGACGCAGAGUGCCUUGGGGCGGAGGACAAGAUUCGCUGCUCAAGUUUGCGCUGACUGGAAACGUCGACGGCGCCAAGUCACUGCUCGACGACAGAAAGGCCUCACUCAACGACGCGGACCCUAACCACGGACGUACAGCCUUACACUACGCUGUACUCCGUAACAAAACGAACAUGUGCACGUUAUUGCUGGCUGCAGGGGCAGAUCCAUUUUUGCAAGACGACUACGGCACAACCCCAUUCCAAAAAGCCUGGGAGCAAAUCCUCUGCAAGAGAGGGACGGUCGCCGAGCUUGACGGCUUGAAGCGAGUCUUUUCAGCAACCGAAGAGCUCGAAGCCUGGGAGUUCUCGUACAUACACAAGGUCGUGCUGGGCCUGUUUCCCGGACAACUGGCCAAAGAGCUCGAGAGUGAGCAGUACCGGCACCACAUCCACGCGGCGGAUUCGAUGAAGCGGACGCCCCUGCACUGGGCGGCGACCAGGGGCGACGAAGACGCCGUGAGGUGUUUGUUAGAAGCCGGGGCGGACGUCAACUGUCGCGACGACUUUGGCAACACGCCUCUGACCUUUGCGGCGUCGACGGGCUCGGUGCGCCUUUUGGAGGUGUUGAUCCUGCACGGCGCCGACGUCCACGCCCGCACGUCCAUCGGCAGCCAGGCGAUCCACCACGCGAGCCGGCACCAGCGGGCGAUCGAGCCGGUGCGGACGCUGCUACGCGCGGGUGCGUCGCUGAACAGCACCAACUCCUUCGGGCACGCGCCGCUGUCCGGCGCCGCCAUCGCGAACUGCCUCGCGAUCGGGGCGUUUCUGCUCGACGCCGGCGCCGACACGCACACGCGCAGCCUGCACGGCGACACGCCCCUGUUCGAGACCGUCUUCCACAACAACCACCUCUUCCUGCAGAUGCUGCUGGACCGAGGCGCCGAUCCCCUCGGCGGCGUCAACAACGCCGGCUCAACCAUCCUGCACGCCGCCGCGCUCGAGGCCGACGCCCGCACCGUCCACAUCCUCCGCACCACCGCCGGUGUCCGGUGGCGGCAGAGCCACUUCUCCCUCAGAGACCACAAGGGAGCCACGGCCCUCGAGAUUGCGCGCCGGAGAGUCAGUCCGCCAGAGGGGUUUUUGGACGAGUUUGAAAAGCUCGUCGCGGCGGCAGAGUCGGAUGGCGAGGAUGAUUCGUGA